AUGGCUGAGGAGGUCGUCUAUGCCAAACUGAAUAUUGGUGGCCCAACACCACCCGAGGGGGCAAAGACUAAGACCCCAAGACCUGUAGGUCACCAUUUCUGGAACUCUUCAUACUCUUUUGGCUUCCUCCUCCUGACUUGUAUCGUUCUGCUUAUUGUCUCGAUAUGGCUGGGAAUGAAGGUUGGAACCAGAAAUCCAGAUGAUGAGCUGAGAUUGGAUCUGAACAGAAGCCUGGAGACCCAACAAAACGUGACUCAGAUGCUGGAAGACGCCAAACAACGGGUGACCUGCCUGAGAAGAGCCAUCCUGCUGUCAGAUCACACCAGUAAGUGUCUCCAGGGAUGGACGUUGGUGAAUCAGAAAUGUUAUUUCUUUUCUACUGAUAAGAAGACGAGAGAGGACAGUGAGAGGUCCUGUGUGGAGAACGGAGCUGUAUUGGCCACGGUGAGGAGUAAAGACUCCAUACUGAAGUGUCACAUACAGAGUAAGAAUGAGGAGUUCUGGGUUGGAUUACAGAAGAGGGUUACAUGGACUGGAGACGUUGCAAUGACUCAGUGGUUUUGGCCUGAUAACACGACAGAGUUGUCUCUGCAAAACACGCCAACCACAGACUGUGCGAAGAUGGGGAAAACGAUCGCAUUAUCUCCGUGUUCCGAUCUCCUUCCCUGGAUCUGUGAGAGAAAACCCGACAAAUCCAAGUUACUGGAGGAAGCCAACGCCUGCUAG